GCGACUAUUUUACGUUUUGUUUAUGUGAAACGAAUCGCAUUGAUCAGGUAUUUUUACAUGAUUCUUGUGAUUGAUUUGCAUUUUUUAUUGGAUGCUCUGAAUUCAGAUGCGCUUGCGUAGCACUUGGUAGCUUAGUUUGUGGCUUUGGUGUUGCGGAGCUAACAGCUGUUAGCUUUACCGGCGACUGGACAUUCAUCCGUUCAUCGAACAAUAACACCCGACAUGGCUGACGUACAGUAAUCGCAGCGAACAUCGCAGUCUUGGUCGUUGCUGCAAGGUCAGACUUCCCCCUGCCACUGGGAUUGAUCCUGUAAAAGACCAGGUGGAGGAUGUCUGUGGCUGCACUGCGUCUGAUCCGUUGUCAGAGACUCAGCACCGCCAGACCAAGUACAGCCAAGAAGGUUUUCACGUGGAAGAACUUUCGGAAAGUUGCAAAAGUGACCAGCGCGGUGGUUUUGGGGGGCUGUCUGUUUAUCACAUAUGAGGUGGCUGCCCUGGGAAAGGCAGUGACUGUGGACACCAGUGUAAUUCUUCAGGAGAAAUACAAGUCCUACAUUUAUCUGAGGGCCAGUCCUUCCGAUGAAAAUGAGAACUUCACCGCAGGGGCCACUCACAAAGUCAGGAAGGAACUACAUAAAGUGGCACGGCGGUUUCUGGAACUUUCUUCCCGACUUUUGCUUUUAUCAUUAGACGCUGCCAAACUCGUGUCCCAAGAGCGGCGCAUCAAUGUGGAUGCCGACCCGCACGAGGUGGCCCUGUGGGUGCUGCUGAAGAGAACCCAGUCUGACAGCAAAACCAUCAGACUUCAGGCUGUGCAGGAACUCGCCGACAAUCACCACUGGCAUGACUAUCAGUACCAGACCGCAGCCCAGAUUCUAGACCAGAGAACUGCUAUUGGGCUGGCUAGGACUCCCCAAGUAGACCUGCGCUUCUUCAGGCCUCCUCCUGCGCUGCCACUCCUGGAGGAUGGUUUGCCUUUAGAAGACGAGCUGAGGCAGCUGCUGGCCUCACUUCCUCAGUCAGAGGUGGACAGAUGUGUCCAGUACUUCACCUCGCUGGCCCUCAGAGAGAGCACUCAGUCCUUGGCAGCACAGCGGGGCGGACUCUGGUGUUUCGGAGGUAACGGCCUGCCCUACGCUCAGAGCCUCACCUCAGUUCCAUCAGAGAAGGUGGAGUCCUUCUGUCUGCAGGCGCUGGUGCAGCAUUCAAAGGUCCAAAGCCACUGUGAUCCCAUAGUUGCCAAUGGGGGUCUACAGCUGCUGCAGAGAGUUUAUCAACUCCGCAGAGACUCUCUCAAGAUUCAGAGGAACAUCGUUCGGAUCAUAGGAAACCUGGCUCUGAACGAGAGCCUCCACCAGGCCAUCGUUCAGUCAGGGUGGGUGUCUGUGCUGGCCGAGAUGAUGCAGUCUCCCUACGUGAUGCAGGCGUCUCACGCAGCGCGCGCUCUGGCAAACCUGGACAGAGAAACGGUACGGGAGAAGUACCCCGACGGUGUUUACGUUCUCCACCCACAAACACGUGGCAACCAGCCCAUCAAAGCGGACGUCCUCUUCAUCCACGGGAUUCUCGGCGCGGCGUUUAAGACGUGGAGGCAGAGAGACAGAGACGCACAGGAGGACGGAAGCAGCAACGAUUAUUCCGAGUGCUGGCCAAAAUCGUGGCUGGCAGCUGACUGCCCGAGUCUGCGAGUUCUUUCGGUGGAGUACGACAGCCACCUGAGCGACUGGGUGGCCAAGUGUCCUGUGGAGAAUCAGAGGAAGUCGUUGGCCUUCAGAAGCCAAGAGCUGCUGAAGAAGUUGAAGAUGGCUGGCAUUGGUGAACGACCUAUAAUCUGGGUGGCACAUAGCAUGGGAGGUUUGCUGGUGAAAAAGAUGUUGCAGGACGCUUCUGCUGACCCCGAAAUGCAGGCUUUGUUGAAGAACACAAAGGGCAUAUUGUUCUACAGUGUUCCUCACCACGGGACCUUCAUGGCUGAGUACUCCGUCAACGUCCGGUACCUUCUCUUCCCGUCCAUAGAGGUCCGGGAGCUCUGUAAAGAUUCCCCUGCACUCCGGGAUCUCAACGAGAGCUUCUUGAAUAUUGCCAAAGAAAAACAAAUCCCAGUGUUGAGCUUUUCGGAGACUCUACCAACCAACAUUGGCCCGAUGCUCAACGUGCUGGUCGUGCCGAAACAGUCGGCCGACAUCGGCAUCGGCGAGCUGAUCGAAGUGGACGUCGACCAUCUCAGCAUCUGCAAGCCGGAGAAGAAAGACUCGUUCCUUUACAAGCGCAGUCUUCAGUUCAUCAUGGAGUCGCUGCAGAACUUCAUCAGCCACUGACUUCUCAUAAGUGAACACUCCAUUCACUUGAUGUUAUUUUAUUUAUCUACUUGAAGGUCUCCUGCUCUGAUCUGAAACACUUGAUUAUUAUUUUUUGAUCCUCCAACUUUAUGUAUUUUAAAUAGCUUUAUUGCUCACAACGGUUACCUGAGCUCCAGUAUUAGCAGCCGGAUCUAAUGUUUUUAUAUUUAUGCAUUUUAUUGAUGCUGCGACACUUGUGCCAUGAACACUCCUGCCUUACCUGAGAUGGACCUAAAGUAUUAGAAAUGUACUAAUCAUUGUGCUUCGUCUCCUCAUGUCCACAGAGAUUAACUUGAAGGAGUGAUAAUAAAAG